AUGCUCCGAAGCUUUCCAAAAUUGUUUGGCACGCAUGCUGAGCUGGUCUGUCAAGGCAAUGUGUCCGAGAAAGAGAAAGAAGACUCCAGCGAUGAUCAGGAUGAUGGCGCGGUGUCAGGCUGGGCCCACUUGUCUCAUGACUUGUUGGAUAGAGUGAAGGCGCAGAUGGCAGAACAUGAGGAAGCUGUCUUUCUUCGACGUGGCCGCCUUGUCAGUCGCUACUGGUGCCAGUGGUCGACACGAGCCACAACACAUCUCAUGAUUUCGAACAAAGGCAAGAGACAAGGUUUGGAGGCGAUGCUGAAUGGCGCACUCAGGUGCUUCACUGCCGCAGAGCGUGUUGUGCUGAAGACCGCAGGAUAUGUCGAUGACUUGUCGCCACUGCAACGGGCACCUCUUCUGAGGCAUCUGAAGGUUGACGCUCGCCUCACUGGCGACAGCGUAAUGCAUUUGGGGCUGCUUACAAGCCUUGUGGAUCUUGAUCUGAUAGGUGACCCGUCUUUCCGUGAUCCAUGCACAUGUCGAUUGUUCCAUCUUUCCGACAAUGCAGCGGAGGCGUUGGCCGCCUUGACACAACUCGAAAGAAUUGCUUUGGCAAACCGCAAUGGAGACCGGUGUGCAGCAAUCUUCACAAGGCUCCCUGCCCUCACCGAUGUCAGGCUGAAUGCCCCUGUGUCAUGCGUGGGCAUCGGGCGCUUGGCGACCAUGCCGAAUCUGGUAAGCGGGCCCAUACGCAUACAGACGCGAGCUGGAGGUCGCUCCAACAGUUUCCUGCAUUGUCUGCUCUGGGGAUUUAUUUUGCUCACAAGUACGAUGGGAUCAUCGAUGCUGGGUGUAGGUGGAUAG